AUGGCAGCAUCCCAGGGCUGGCGCUGCCUCGUAUUGCUGCUCCUGCUGCUCUGUGACCCCGCUCGCUUGUCCAGGGUGUCCGUGCGGACGCAGAGAAAAGGGAUUCUCGCCGAAGCCAUGCGGAGACUGCAGGAGGUCUUUGACAUUGAGGCCCUGCCCCAUGAUGUCCUGCCUCACAGGAAACCACCCCAGUUUAUGGUAGAUCUUUUCAAUAAGGUGGCAGAUUCCAAUGGGAUCACGAAAGCCCCAGGGCUGCUGGAGGGCAACGUGGUGCGGAGCCUUGAAGACCGAGAUUAUUUUGAUCAGUCUUAUUUCUACUUCAACAUCUCUUCGGUUGGGAGGAAUGAACAAAUGCUAAAAGCUGAGCUCCGAGUUUUCAAACUAAAUAAAAACCAUGUGCCUCAAAAAUCUUUUUGGCAACAUUUUCUCAAAGUGGAUGUGUAUGAGCUUUUGGACAGAGGAAGUAAGCUGCAGAGAAGAAAUCUCAUUUCAUCCAGACUACUGUCUUUGUAUACCGAAGGCUGGGAGGUGUUCAAUGUCACGCAGACAGUUUCCAAAUGGGUGGGACACAGCAGCACUAACCAUGGCUUUUUGAUCACUACAACUCAUCUAUCUAAAACCAAAAUGGAAUCCAACUUUGUCAAGUUUGCCAAGAGCCAGCACAAUAUGCGAGACAGUAGGAAUGCUUUCUUGGUCCUCUUCACCAAUAAUGACAGACAGAAAUCUUCCAGCUUCCUACCCUCUUCCACCGAAUUCCAGCCAUCCUCGCCUGAAGAUGAUACUUCAUCACACCUACCUCACCAAAAUGAGGUCUUUGCAAACAUCAGAGUGAACAAAAGCAGAAGAAUUCGGGAUACCUCUUCCUUCUCCCACAAAGACAAAAUUGUGCCAUGCCAGCUCAAUGAUCUCUUCGUCGACUUCCAUAAAAUUGGUUGGGCGGGGUGGAUCAUUUCCCCACGUGGCUACAAGGCUUAUUAUUGCAAAGGGGCCUGCCUGUUCCCCUUAGGGGAAAGUCUAAGAGCGACCAACCAUGCUACCGUCCAGUCCAUAGUGCAUACGCUGAAACUGACCAAAGACGUCAGCACGCCGUGCUGUGUCCCAGACAAACUGAGUUCCAUCAGUAUUAUGUACUUUGAUGACAAUGAGAAUGUUGUCCUUAAGAAUUAUAAAGACAUGGUGGCCACAAGCUGUGGUUGUCAUUAACAAGAGCCCAUUCUGCCUGCAACUGACUCGCAUCUGGACUCAGUGCACCCGUUCUCCACAGCCCCAGUGGUGCUGGAACAACUUCUAAAGUGAGGGUGCUGAAGGCGGAUACCAUGUAUUUGGGUUGUUAUUGCUACAUCAAGCCAGGGGGAUGAUAGCACCCCUAGUUCCAGCACCUAUUCACAGCUCUUGUGAUGUUCAGAUUAAUAACAUGUCAGAUCAGGGGGGAGCCAGCCAGUCAGCUUUGAAAAGGCUCCACCUCCAGGCUCCACCCAUGGGACAGCAGCUGAGAGGAGAAUGCUGCCAAAUUCUACAGACCUGCUGACUUUUCAAAGGGUCCCAUGCUGCCUGGCCUGUGGUGACAAUGCAGGGAAGGUGUGGGGGGUGUUUCUGUAUAUACAAACCAGUGGGACAGAGCGGAACUUGGUUUAAUCAGGGCUAUAACGUAAAACCCUGAGCAUUUUAGCAGAACCAUUGUUAGAAAAUACCUCUGUUUGGUUAGAGUCUCGUUGUUGGAGCAGGGAGCCAGGAUUCUUGGCUUCUUUCCCAGCUCUGGGAGACAGAGACUGGGAGCCAGGACUCCUGGGUUCCAUCCCUAGCUGUGGGAGGGGAGUUACGUCUAGUUGUUAGAGUGGGGAAAGGGGAGUCUGGAAGUCAGGACUUCUGGGUUCUAUUCCCUGCUUGGAGUAGGGGGCAUUCUCUGCAGCUGGUUCUCAGGCCAGGCCAGGCCCACUCCCAGUCUGCAUAUUUGUCCAUUUCCCAAGGAGCUGGGCCUCUGUAGACUGCUCCUCUACGAUUAGUGUCCUUCACAGCCACUAUGACACUAAACUAUAGAGACCCCCAAAAGUCCUCCAGGACACUAACAGCACAUUCCUCCCCCAGCCCAGGAGAUCUGGCGACUAUGCUUUAGGCAGGGGCUCUAUGGUCAAGUGUGUCUGUGGGCGGAUUCAGAGAGUGGGCUGGAACCUGGAGGUGGGAAGGGAAAAGAGAGGAGCUAGGGCAAGGGAACCAGGCAUGGGGGUGGGAAGAGAGAGAUUUUAUGCAAAUGAAAUAAUACAUAUUUAUCAAAUAUGGCAUUGCUCUAUUUGCAUAGGCUCCAGAUUUGCAGGCCUACAGUCCUAUAGGGCAGGUCCCACCCAAGUACCAACGGGUCCCCGACAGUGCUGGACAGAUAGUG